CGCGGAUUGCUCCCAGGCAGGCAGGCGCUGCGGAGACACCGAAGGAGGCAGCCGCUAGAGCGUGACGGGUGUCUGCUGCGCAAACAUAUCGGAACCGAGAGACAAGCAAACACACACUCGCUCUCGCUGCAAGUAUGCUGGAGUGUGAGUCACCUCCUGGAGGUACUAAUGAUGACCAAGGCUGCCCAGUCUGUGUGGAAGAUAACCAGGAGCCCCCAGUCUGUGUGGAAGAUGACCAGGAGCCCCCAGUCUGUGUGGAAGAUGACCAGGGCUGCCCAGUCUGUGUGGAAGAUGACCAGGAACCCCCAGUCUGUGUGGAAGAUGACCAGGGCUGCCCAGUCUGUGUGGAAGAUGACCAGGAGCCCCCAGUCUGUGUGGAAGAUGACCAGGGCUGCCCAGUCUGUGUGGAAGAUGACCAGGAGCCCCCAGUCUGUGUGGAAGAUGACCAGUCUUCCCUCUUCAUGUGUUUUCGCUGCUAUCAGCUAUACAGCACCCUGGAAGAAGUUCUAAGCCACCAGCUGACCUCUCACCCCGAAGACAACGAGGAUGGAGAAGAGGAGGAAAACACGCCCCCUAGCGUCACCACGGCAACCACUGCUCCGGAGGAGGAGCCAGAGCAGGAAGAGGUACGAGAGGAGGGAAGCAAUUUAAAAACAACCUCACCUCUGCUUAUAAAUAACAGCUGUAACAGACUGGAAGUGCAAAACUGGUACCAGUGCGUUCCCUGCGGGGCGUUACUGGAGUCACCCGUCGAACUGGUCUUGCACCAGCAGCAGACGGACUGCGGUUUGAUCCGAAACCAGACCCCACCCCGGUCUCCGCAGGAGCCAGCGACAGGGGGCGGGGGGGAGAAGCGGGCCGGGCCGCGGGCAGAACCAGAGGAGGUCUGCGAGCCUGGAGCGGCGCCAGUGCCGCUGAUCCGGUACCAGUGCAGCGACUGCGCUGACCUCUUCGAGUCCCUUACCCUGUGGCAGCGCCACAUGAAGCAGGGGCAUUGCCGGAGCAGCCAUGAGGCGGAGAGGAGGAGGAGGAGAGAGGGAGCUGCUGGAGACAGGAGUCCGGGCUCUCAGGGGCCAGCGACAGGGGGCCGGGAAUCCGGGAGAGACUCUCCGCUGGAGGGUGCGUCCGCCCAGCUCGCGCCCAGGGGGGUGGCUGCUGGAGAGGGAGGGAAGGAGGAGGAGGAGGAGGAGGAAGCUGCUGCUGCUGCUUCACUGUCCCUUCAUCCAGCCAUAAAAACAACACCCGCCUUUGGUAACCACGGCAGCGUCUCUGUGACGGGCUCUGCCGCGGUCACCCUAGCGAUGGAAGCUGUCAUGGCUGCCAGCUCCAGUUGCAGUAAAAAUAACAGCGGGCCCAGGAAGGAGCGAACGAAAGAGAGGGGUGAGGAGAGUGCAAGAAGAGAGGGGGCCGGCAGCGGUACAAGAAACAGCAACGUCGCUGCAAGUGAGAAUAAUAAUGUGUCCAGCGAUAGUAAUAACGGCGAGGGUGUGAACACGGAUUCCGCCGUGUCGCGUGACCACGCCUACCUGAACACGUGUGGGUCGGCCGCCGGGGAUGAGCAGGGCGAGGGAGGGGAAGGGAUGGAGGGAAUGUGUAAAAUGACGAAAGCGGGGGUUCUUUCCGUGGAACCAGCCCAGAGCCGAAGCCAGCCCUCGUCCCUGAAGAGCUUCGAGAGAGGCGACGGAGCGGCCAGCACUGAGACGGACUCCGCUGACCGACGACUCCCAGCCGCCAAAACAGAACCCGACCCCUGCCCGACCCAAACCCAAACCACCCCGAUUCCCGUCGGCUCUCCUUGGCCCAGUUUGGAGUCUGACAGUCAGCAGCAGGACCGGUCCAGCGACCCGACUCCUCCCAGACCGGGUUGCAAUAGGAGAGCCGGUUCCGUCGACUCUGCCGGACCCGAUCUCCUCGGACCCUACCGGGCCCGACACUCGCACCUGUGCGUGGACUGCGGGACCGGUUUCGGGACGGAGCCCGCGCUGGCGGACCACCGCAAGAGGCUGCACCGUGUCGAGGGGCCCCUGCACACCUGCCCUCACUGCGGGGAGAAAUUCAUGAACACCACCAAGUUCCUGUACCACAGGAGGGGCCACAGGACCGCCGGGGGGGGAGGGAGAGGGGUGGGGAGGGUCGUUGAGGCAGAAAAGGGGCUGGAGAAGAAAGAGGGGGCUGAGGCUGGGGCUGGGGAGACCAUCUUAGUCUUGCAGAACCAGCAGCUCGCCCCAGUUCUCCCAACCAUCCCGGUUCCGCUCAUAGGGAUGAACGGCAGAGUCAUGUACGUCUAUCCAACAGACCCGUCGACAGAGGCUGGCCCAAAGGGCGGGGAGGCCAGCGUGGGAGCCGGGGGCGACGGGGGCAAGAGGAAGGAAGCUGGGGCCGACAGGAGCCUGGAAGGAGGAGGGGGCAAGAGAGCCAGGAAAACAUCUGCCGAUAAUAAUAAUAAUGAUAAUAAUAAUGAUGAUGCUGCUGAUGAUGAGGCCGGCGAUGGCCUUAACAAACCAGACCAAACAGAGCAUUCCUGCGGAGACUGCAGCCAGCGGUUCAGCAACAAGACUCGGCUGCUGAAGCAUCGCAGGGAGGAACACGGCCGCAGGAGGGGGAAGGGGAAAGCUGCUGGGGGGGCCGACCCUUCCUUACCAGCCCAGGACAGCCCGGAGGAAGAAGCAGGGGCUGCGGCAUCCAAACGAGGGGCCCCCCACCCGUGCCCGCACUGCGGCAAGACGUUCCGGCGCCGGUACCACCUGCGCACGCACCUGGUGACCCACACGGGGGAGAAGAGGUACGGGUGCGAGGCGUGCGGCAAGGCCUUCUCCUGCCAGAGCAACCUGGCCCGGCACCGCGUCACCCACACCGGCCGCAAGCCCUAUUCCUGCCAGCAGUGCGGCAAGACGUUCACGCAGUCCGGCACGCUCAAGCAGCACCGGCUCAUCCACCUGCUGGCAGAGACCCGCGCCUCGGGGGCCCUGGACCCCGCGCAGAUCGAGGAGGCCUUCCUCCCGCACCGCUGCCCGGACUGCGGGGCCGGGUUCAAGAGGAAGACGCACCUGCUCAUACACAGGCACCUGCACACGGGGCAGUACCCCUUCCAGUGCAAGGAGUGUGGGGGCUCCUUCCUGAGGAAGAGGCUGCUGGAGUUGCACCAGCUGAGGCACCAAGGCAAGGAGCCUGUGUCCUGCGGUAUGUGCGGCUCCCAGUUCCUAGACGAGGCAGGGCUGCGUUCCCACAGGCAGUGCCGGCCGGGCCUGGAGUGCGUUUACUGCGGGAAGCGCUGCCCCUCUCAGGAGCGGCUGGAGCUGCACCAGCUCUCUCACUCGGGGCUCCCGGCGCUCCGGUGCCCGCGCUGCGGCCGCCGCUUCGCCAGCCAAGCCGGGCUGGACAGCCACCUGGAGCGGCACGCCGGCGGCACCCGCUGCUUCCACUGCCAGGACUGCGGCAAGGACUUCACCACAGCCAGCUCUCUCUCUGUGCACCAGAGGAUACACACCGGGGAGAGGCCCUACCAGUGCUCCACCUGCGGGAAGCGUUUCCGUCAGAUCCCUCACCUGCGUGAUCACGAGCGGCUGCACUCGGGGCUCCGCCCCUUCGCGUGCCAGGUGUGUGGGCGGAGCUUCGUGCUGUCGGCGCGCCUCACUGAGCACCUCCGCACGCACACGGGCGAGAAGCCGUACUCCUGUGCCGUGUGCCGCAAGCCUUUCCGCUCCCUCUCCAACCUGGGCAAGCACCGCAAGACGCACGGGCAUGAGAGGGGGGCGGGGGGGGAGCCAGCAGGAGGAGGAGGAGGAGGGGAGGUCGAGGUCGUGCUGCAAGAGGAUUCGGCCGCAGUGGAGACCAUACUGCUGGUGCAGAGCGCAGACCCCGUCGGCGAGGGCAGUCCGGCAGCCGUCCCCUCCGGGGGGCCACGGCAAGUCUGCACGCUGACCAGCGUUGUCGUGGCGACGGCGGCAGCAGCAGCGAAUGUUUUGGACCCCGCGCAAAACAGCGACCCUGCGCAGAGAGGGGAGGUCUGCCGCGACGGACAGGUGGGCGUGACUGGAGGAGGAGGAGAGGGGGGCGCGGUUCUGUAUGUGCAGCAGGGGACGGGUCACUGCGUGCUUGCCGGGACGGGGCAGGGGGACAUUCCCAUCAUGCACCACACCGUGGAGGUCGUUAUCGAGCAGACAGGUUGAGGAGUCGGCUCUAACCUUUUUUUUUUUUUUUUUUUUUUUUUUUUUUUAAUGUUUUCAAAUCGGUUUUCGAAUUUGUAAGGGUAACAGCUCUCUCUCUCUCUCUCUCUCUCUCUCUCUCUCUCUUCUCCCCCCUCGUCUCCUUGGUUCAGAUAGGGUCUGGAGUUUUUAAUCCUUCCCAUCGUUCUUUAAAAUAGAGUCAAUAAUAAUGCAGCAUUUAGUUUUUUUUCUCCUAAAUGUGUAAUGUAUUUUUUUUUAGCCACACUUACAACCUGACUACACUGGAACUUGUAAAAUGAGGGAGGGAGGGAUCAUGAAAACAGGAGGGUGGGGGGGUGGUAAAUGAAUAAAGUUUAUAAAUGAAGUUUGAAGUUGUUUUCAUUGGCAAGUCGUAACGGAGAGUUUUCAGACACCAGACUGAUUUGAAAUCAAAUACAGAGAUGUGUUUUCCUGAUGCAAACAGAUUCCCCGGCCAGUGGAAAUCACUGGUGGGAUUAUUGCAGUGUUUGAACUGCUGGCGGUAAGCGUCGUGCUUUCAAAAAAACACCAGCGGAGUAAAGAAAAUAAGAAGAAGAAUAAUAAUAACAUUAUAACAUAAAGUGUUGGAAAGUUUUAUUCUGGCUUGAUAUUAGAAAAUAGUUUUAAACUAUGCUGGAAAGCCACAAAGCUGGUGAAUCAGACUGCUGUCUGCACCACCCAGCCCCCCCAGACUGGAACGCAGCCCCCCAGAGGAAGGUGGAAGGCUGGUCUAGUGCAUUUAUAUGAUGCCGCUAGCGCCACCUAGCCCCCCAGAUUGGAACCCAGGCCUCCUUCGAUUCCAAUGAGAACAAUGAUCUUUGAGCGACCGAAUUGCAGCUCGAUUCCUUUAAUAAAACAUGACUGCUUGUCUAUCCUAGAGGUAAAUAUCAAGGCGAAGAAACCGUUUCCACCUCGUGCGACGCCCAUCCAGCUAGCUAUCCUAACGUCAAUUGCACCUUUAAAAAAAUGGUAAAAACACACCCGUCAACGUUCCGCUGUUUUUAAUAAACGCCAGUAAAGUAGCUGCAGCGGCUCCUAUGUGCAUCCCGCGCCAUGUUUCCCUUUUUCCAAAUACUCCCGGUUCCGCGGGAAAGCGGCAGGCCUGGCCACGCUGCUGAGGGCAGCAGGCUGCGAGUGGCGCCUCUCUCCAGUCAGUCCGGGAGGUGCAGUAGCACACAGGAGCUGCUUGUGUCAGGCCAUUGGAUUUCGCUCAGAAGCCGAGACGACAGGAUGGAAAUCCGUUCCCUCUGGAGACCUGAGGGCCGAGCCAGAGAUCCCAGGCAGUCUGGAAGGAGGGAGACUGUGUGUGUGUGUGUGUGAGAGAGAGAGCUGGUUUCACGUAAGUGAAAAAGGAGGACACGGUCAGGGAGGCGGAGGUGGGUGACAGUGCCGUCUUCAUUCUGAAGAUAUACCUGAAGGGGAAUUCUAGAACAAAAAUGCUAACAGAGGGAGAGAGGAAGAGAAAGUAAAAGCGUAUUUUUAUUUAACCCAUUAAGUGCCCUGGUCCCAUAUUAAACUGGAAAUCUACCAGUUAUUAAAAUGUUCCCUUCACUGAUAUCCACAAAAGUCAAGUCUAAGGGUAGCUGUUAAAAACUGGAAGUGAUCCAUUUAUUGGUGGGAGCAAACAAGAGCCUUAA